ACUGCGACGACCUAGUACUAGAUAUUUACCUAAAACAACUAGAUCUUUUUCUUCUGAUUUUUGAGUCUUCAUCCUCUCUUCCUCCAUUCUUUCCACUUCUUCGUUACCUCUCUCUCUCGUGGAAAAAUGUCGUCGACAGGUUUAGACAUGGCCCUAGAAGACAUCAUCAAGACUAGCAAAAAGUCCGGCGGCGGCAGAGGCCGUAACCGAGCCUCCGGUCCUGGUCCUGGACCCGCCCGCCACUUCCCUAACCGCGUUGCCAACCGUACGGCUCCUUAUGCCGCCGUUAAGGUGACUUGGGGUUCCGAUCUGUUUCCUUUGUUUCUCUCUUCUCAUGCUUCGAUUCCUCUGCAUGCACCGGAGACGACGUGGCAGCACGAUUUGUAUGGGGAAGAGAAUUUGGGUCGAUCUUCUGCCAUAGAGACUGGGACCAAGCUCUUUUUAUCCAAUCUUGAUUACGGUGUUUCGAACGAGGACCUUAAGGAACUGUUUGCUGAAGUUGGUGACCUUAAACGGUAUUCAAUUCAUUAUGAUAGAAGCGGGAGGUCGAAGGGAACUGCUGAAGUAGUAUUCUCGAGACGAGGAGAUGCUGAGGCUGCUGUCAAGAGAUACAACAAUGUACAGCUUGAUGGGAAACUGAUGAAGAUAGAGAUCAUGGGAAGAAACAUUGCAACACCUGCUGCACCUCCAGCAACUAAUGGGACUUUCGGAAAUUCAAAUGCAAUCCCUAGAGGUGGACAAGGUCGAGCUGGUGCACUAGGACGGCCACGUGGCAGCAGAGGUGGCCGUGGUUUUGGAAGGGAUCGUGGACACGGUCAGGGAAGAGGCCGUGGUGAAAAGUUAUCUCAAGAAGAUCUUGAUGCUGAUUUGGAGAAGUAUCAUGAGGAAGCAAAGCAGAAUAAUUGAAGCCAUUUAUCAUGUUUUAUUGUUUGGACUAUACAAUCUCCUGUGACAAUUUCGUGUUUGGUUAUGCAGCAACCUCAUCUAUGUUCUGUAUCUCUAAAAAAAUCAUGCUUAGAGAAAAGAUGCCAACUACCCGUAGAGAGCUGUUGGAAUCUAAAGGUUGUGGGUGUUUAUUGUUAGUUUUUCCUUUGACUUGGUAUAACUAUACGUGGAUUGAUGGAUAGCUGUCAGUAUGUAUUCAGGAACCAAUACUUUAUUCA